AUGGCGGAUCCGGCUGCGUGUGCUUUGCGUCGGGGCUCAGAGGAGGUUCCUGGCGAACCUUCCCAAGAAGGUGAGGCCGGCAGUUCCGACGGCUGGACCAGCGACUCGGGCUCCUCCUCCUCCUCCGCCAGCAGCGAUCCGGAUGAUCUUAAGCCUGAAUGGCUGGAGAGCGUGCAGAAAAAUGGAGAACUGUUUUAUUUGGAAUUGAGUGAAGAUGAAGAAGAAAGCCUCCUUCCUGAAAUACCUGCUACUGUGAAUCGUGUUAGGUUCAGUGAAAAUGAGAUUAUUAUUGAAGAGGGUGAUUACAAAGACAGGAAAAAACAUGAACCCAAACUCAAGCGGUUUACCAAAAUCCUAAAAGGUAAAAGACUUUUACCCAAGAGCUACAAUAAAAAAGGCAGCCAUGACAGUGGGCCCGUGUCCAUUCUAAAGCACCAGUCGAAUCAGAAAACAGGAGUCAUUGUCCAGCAGCGAUACAAAGACGUGAAUGUUUAUAUAAAUCCCAAAAAGUUAACUGUUACCAAAACCAAAGAGCAGCUCAAGCUUUUGGAAGUGCUGGUUGGGAUUAUCCAUCAGACCAAGUGGAGCUGGAGAAGAACUAGGAAACAGAGAAGUGGAGAGAGGAUUGUAGUUCAUGGCCUGCUUCCUGGCGGAUCGGCUAUGAAGAGUGGUCAGAUAUUAAUUGGCGAUGUCCUUGUUGCUGUGAAUGAUGUUGAUGUGACUACUGAGAACAUCGAGAGAGUUCUCUCUUGUAUUCCAGGACCGAUGCAGGUAAAACUGACCCUUGAAAAUGCAUAUGCUGUGAAAAAGGAAACAACCCAGCCAAAGCAGACGAAGGCACAGCUGAACACGAGUGAUUUAGUCCAACUUCUAUGGGGAGAAGAGGUUGAAGAUAUCCAGCAGAAAGUUCUAAGCACCCCUCAUAUCAUUAUGUAUCUCACCCUACAACUGGACUCAGACACAUCGAAGGAGGAGCAGGAAAUUCUCUAUCAUUAUCCGAUGUCUGAAGUGUCUCAGAAACUGAAAAGCGUGAGAGGGAUAUUCCUCACCCUCUGUGACAUGCUGGAGAAUGUAACCGGGACACACGUUACUAGCUGUACAUCUGGGCAUUUUGCCAUGCUUGCUUUCUGCCACGUUGAGAACGUGCCUCGUUUAGAUCAUUUUUUCAGCUUGUUCUUUCAAAGAGCACUUCAGCCUGUUAACCUGCAUUCAGAUGCCAGCUUCAGUGCCCAAGAGUAUGAUGCUUCUAGUGCAGUACUUCUCGACUGUCUUCCUGGAGUUCGGUGGCUCAUACUUCCACAGGAAAUUAAGAUGAAAUUAGACAUGGCAUUGAGCAACUUGGAGGCUGCAGAUUUUGCUGAACUGUCUGAGGAUUACUAUGACAUGCGGCGACUGUAUACAAUUUUGGGUUCUUCCCUAUUUUACAAGGGAUAUUUGAUAUGCAGUCAUUUGCCUAAGGAUGAUCUUAAUGAUAUUGCUGCAUACUGUCGCCACCAUUGCCUGCUCCCUUUAGCAGCAAAGCAAAGAAUUGGUCAGUUGGUAAUAUGGAGAGAAGUGUUUCCUCAGCAUCACCUCCAGCCUUCUGAAAACUCAAAUACGGAAGUCUUUCCAGAACCAGAGGGGCGGUAUUUUCUACUAAUUGUCGGUUUGAGGCAUUAUACAUUAUGUGUCCUAUUAGAAGCUGGGGGCUGUGCAUCCAAAGCUAUUGGGAAACCUGGACCAGACUACAUAUAUGUGGAUCAGGUUAAAACAACUCUUCACCAGCUGGCAGGAGUAGAUUCCCGCGUAGAGGAAAGGCUAGCAUCUGCGCCAACUCCCUGUUUGUCUUCUGCGGACUGGUUCCUUACUGGCUCACGUGACAAACUAGAUAGUUUGACAACCUCACCCAUCCUUAGUAGGCUACAAAGUACUUCCAAAGUAGCAGCCUCUCCAACCUGCAGAAGAACACUGUUUGACUAUUCCUUAAAGACACACAAGCCCAGUCCUUCCCGGAGCAUUGGCGGUUCUGACAAUGGUUGUGAUGGUGGAGAAGGUGUUGGCAUUAGUCCCCACACUGAUGCAGUGUGGAAGCAGAGAGAAUCGCAGGGUUCUGAUGGUCCAGAGGUAAGUGGUGCUUUGAGUAAGGUCACUAAAAAGAAGUCUACUCUUCCAAAUCCAUUUCAUUUGGGGAACUUGAAAAAGGAGCUAUCAGAAAAAGAAUUGGAAAUAUAUAAUACAGUGAAAUUGACAUCUGGUCCUGAGAACACACUUUUCCACUAUGUUGCUUUAGAAACAAUGCAAGGGAUUUUUAUUACUCCUACGUAUGAAGAGGUGGCACAACUAAGCAGCUCUGUCCACCCUCAGCUAAUAAGGAAUUUCCAUCAGUGUUGUCUUUCCAUCCAUGCAAUUUUCCAACAGACGUUGGUGGAAGAGCAAAAGAAAGCACGGACUGGACGGGAUCACGCCGAUUCUACAAAGGCAGCGUCUUCUCUCAACCCCGUGAAAGAGCACGGCGUGCUGUUUGAGUGUUCGCCUGAGAACUGGACAGAUCAGAGAAAAGCACCGCCGGUCGUGGCCUAUUGGGUAGUAGGGCGACUCUUUCUUCGCCCUAAACCUCAGGAACUGUACGUCUGUUUUCAUGACUCGGUGACAGAAAUUGCCAUCGAACUGGCUUUUAAACUGUUCUCUGGAUUAAUCUUGUAACUGUGUGUUCCUGCGGCAGAGCUGCAGCAGCGUGGAGCACCAUAUAGUUUUGGAACUGCCAAAAUCGAUACACAAAGCGGAUAAGUUUGAGCUCCUUUUCACUGUUAGUAUUAAAUAUUAAGAUGAGAUGCUGUUUCUGUUUCAUACACUAAAUUUUAUAUACCGUAUAUACUCAAGUAUAAGCCGUCUCGAAUAUCAGCCAAAGCACCUAAUUUUACC